GAAUCUCCAUGUAAUUUCUGUCGACGAUAGAAAAAAACGCGCCCUAAAAAUCCACCCAACGAAUUGACAAGACUUUCGCAAAGUUUUACAGCGAAUACAGCAGAAGAGAAAAAAAAUGCGCACAACAGUCCUACUGAUGAUCUUAUCACUGGCCGUGGCCAUGACUUCCGGCGGAUUGGUAAAACUUCAAAAUGGCCAAACAGUCUGUGCGUGCACAAUGGACCUACGUCCGGUUUGCGGAAGUGACCGAGUGACUUACGACAAUCUCUGCGUGUUCAAUUGCGCAGCGGAAAAGCGACUAGCGAAAACUGGCGAAGCACUGACUGUAAUCAAGAAUGACAUCUGUGGUUAUCUGUGAAUUACUUCGAACUCGUAGCGCCCGUUGAGAAGCGAAAGACCGAACAAAAUAUCUCACCAAAAAUGACAACAAAAAAAUUACCAACCUCGCAGAUGACUAUUCCAAUAAUAAUGUUAUAUCGUCAAACAUAAUAAGCUCUCCGUGUACCACAAAGGAAUUCUGACGUUUCGUACGUGAAACACGUGGCGGGGAUUUGCCACGUGGAAAAAAAAAAGACAGUUGUCAAUAAACAGUUAAACGGAAAUGAAACGGUCGCUACUCCUUGGCCAAUUUCUUAAUAUCGGUGAAAAUGUCAGCGAGAAACUGGAUUACCGACGCGCGUCAUGCUGGACCUACCUAACGAAUGGGAAAUAAAACGAGUAAUGCAAGAAA